CUUAAAAACGUUGUGUCCAUUAGGAGGAAGCGUCGAAACUUCAGCAAACAGGCGACUGAGAUAUUAAAUGAAUACUUCUAUUCACAUCUCAGUAAUCCCUACCCGAGUGAGGAGGCCAAGGAGGAGUUGGCCCGAAAGUGUAGUAUUACUGUCUCUCAAGUAUCGAAUUGGUUCGGAAAUAAGCGAAUUAGGUAUAAGAAGAACAUCGGCAAAGCUCAAGAAGAGGCCAACCUUUACGCCGCCAAAAAAGCAGCCGGCUCGUCCCCAUACGGUUUAACGCCGUCAUCGCAGGGCUCGGGCAAUAUAAUGAGUCCUCCGCCACCACCUGGUAGUUCACAGGAUGGAUGGUCUAUGAAUGGUGAUUAUGGAAGUCAGGCCCAUAGGCACGGAGGCUACUCCUCAGAUGGCAGUUCGGGAGGCAUGUAUGACCCGGGUUGCGAUGAGUUACAGGCCUACCCUCCCGUGUAAAUAGUCCGCAAAACGCCCGACCCCUGUGUGUCUCAGUCGCCCCCUUCAUAUUUGCCACACAUUUCUGAAGCACAAGAACUACAGAAUAUAUAAACAAAUACAUGAAAACAAACUCUUUUUUAAAUUUUUUGGUUCAACUCGUUGUCGGACACGACUGGCGUCCCUCUCAUUCAUCACAUGAUUUAAAUCAUCUGUUUUUGCGUUCACUUUGCGAUGUCAUCGAUAAUGAAAUGAAGAACUCUUUUGAAAUACAUUAUUAUUAUGAUUACGAAAAAGACUAUAAGAUUUUAAGGCACCAAAUGGACGUAAAUAAAAGUUGUAAUAAAUUUUAAUUGAAUACUACAUUAAAGCAAAUGAUUACGAUUGCAUUUUUUGGAUUACAUACACACGAUAUUUCAAUACGACUUUUCAAACUACCAUUAUUUCUAUUCAAAUAUAUAUAUUCGUCGCGAUAUAUGUUUUUUUAGUUAACUAUGAUUUUUAAUUGUCGCUACAAACUAAAAAAAUUAUAUAAAGUUUUUUAAUUAUAUAAUUAGUUAUAUAUUUCAUUUUUAUUGAUAAAAACGAUUUUUGCGAUUAAGGCUAAAACAAAAACAAAACGUUGUAAUUAUAAUAAGACAAACAUGAUUAUAAAUACAUUAUAAAUACAUUGUGUUGUACAUAUAUAUGAUUAUUGAAUAUUUCAAUGACUAAACAAAAACCACAAAACAAAACAUUCAUUAAUUCUUGAUUUUUUUUGAUUGGAUUACAAACUCAACUUAAAAAAAGACAAGACAACAAACACCGGAGAAAAACCCAUUUUUUGAUAAUAAUUUUUUUCUGGUUGCGAGAGUUAGGGUGUGUCGCGCCAUAUAUUGAUACAAAACAGUGCCAUUUGGUAUUAGGUAUUACCCAUUAUUAUCCAUUACUAUGAUUACGAUUAGAUAUCUAUAGACAGCUAUAGAGAGCCCGAAAACGCAGCGGCUAUUCAAUUGAUCGGCGAAAACACACACAAAAAGUUAGAGUCACUUAUGUUUUCCUCCCGACUAUAGUGUGUGUCGUCUGUGUCCGCACUCUCCCCGACCCCCUCAGCCAACUGUCCCAUCCGUUUUCCACUCCCGAUCCCCCCGAAGAUGUCAUCCCAUCUCUCUCUGUAUAUCCGUAUUAAGCGUUUGAGUGAAAUAUCCAUUCAUUUAAUUUGAUUAUGCGUUUAGUUUUUGUCGUUAAAAUUCAUAUUAAUUUUAUACAAAACAAAACGAUUUUAUGUAUAAUCAAUGAAACACUCAUUUCUCUCGCGCGCUCUCUCGCCAUCUCUCUCUCUCUCUCUCUCUCU